AUGCCUCUAGACACGUCUACCUACUCACUUGCGCUCUUGCGCGUCGAUGGCCGUCGCUGGAACGAGCUCCGUCGCCUGCACGCCCAAAUCCGCAUCCAGGCCGCUGCCGAUGGCUCUUCCUACCUCGAGAUGGGCAACACCAAAGUCAUGUGCGUCCUGACCGGUCCCUCGGAGGCCCAGCAGCAGCAGCAGGGACAGCGACGGGGGCAGGCCACCGCUGGCGGAGGUAAAGACGCCGCCAUCAAUGUCAGUAUCGUCGUGGCUGGCUUCGCCUCUGUGGACCACAAGAAGCGAGGACGCAAUGAUAAGCGAACCCAAGAGCUUGAGCUUAUAAUCGCAAAGACGUUUGCUUCGGUCGCUCACACCCAUCUCUUCCCCCACUCGAGCAUCUCUCUCGCCCUCCACGUUCUUUCCGCCGACGGUUCCCUCCUCGCUGCCCUCCUGAACGCUGCGACACUCGCGCUCAUCGAUGCUGGUAUCCCAAUGUCCGACUACAUUGCCGCAUGCACCGCUGGAUCAACAUCCUCGUACGCUGCCGCCGACGACUCGGCCGAUCCCCUGCUCGAUCUGAAUACACAAGAAGAGCAGGAACUACCUUUCAUUACAGUGGCUACCCUGGGUGAAACCGACCGUGUUGCCGUUCUCAACUGCGAGAGUCGAGUGCAGGUCAGCCGCCUGGAGGGUAUGCUUGCUGUCGCUGUCGACGGGUGCAAGGAGGUCAAGCAGCUUCUCGACAAGGCCAUCAAGGCCAAGGGCGCUAAGAUGAUCCGUGAAGGCGCCGCUGAGAAGAGUGAUGCCAUGGCCAUGGAUCUGGACGAGUGA